CGUGCUGAGAUCACGUGACGGCACGUGAGUACAUGUUCGGGUGUCUUCUUCUUCUUCUUCGUUGCUCCGAUUAGAAAAUCGCCGGCGAAGAAAAAUGGCCUCCUCCGUGGUUUCUCUCUCCCUCUCGAACGGAACAACGACGCCGCAAUUGAAAGCGAACUCCUUUCGAAAGUUUAAACUCGCUCAAGUGCAUCUUCGGCGAAUCUCUUGUUCGACGAGUCGCGAGAUAUCUCUCGAGUCGCGUCGCCGAGUGGCUCCUUCCCUUACGUGUAAGCAGCGAAGAAGUGUCGAACUUUUAACUCGAUGCGGAGGAGUUUCGUCGUCGAGCGGCGACUUCCCUACUGAGAAAGGGAGGAGCUUUGGGGAGUGGGUGGAGUUUGUGGGAGAGGCGGUGUCGACGGCGUUUCCGGUGUGGGUUUCGGUGGGGUGUUUGCUGGGGCUGGUGAAGCCGGGGGCUUUCAAUUGGGUCACUCCCGAUUUGACCAUUAUAGGUCUCACCAUCACCAUGCUCGGAAUGGGGAUGACGUUGACUCUCGAUGAUCUCCGCGGCGCGUUGAAGAUGCCUAAAGAGCUCUUCGCUGGCUUUCUCUUGCAGUACUCGGUCAUGCCAUUAUCAGCAUUUCUAGUGAGUAAGCUCUUGAAUUUGCCAUCACAUUAUGCUGCCGGUCUCAUAUUGGUUGGUUGCUGUCCAGGCGGUACGGCAAGUAAUAUAGUCACUUACAUUGCACGUGGGAAUGUUGCACUAUCAGUGUUGAUGACAGCAGCUAGUACUCUUUCAGCUGUGAUCAUGACGCCGCUUCUUACAGCUAAGCUUGCCAAACAAUACGUCGCAGUUGAUGCUCUUGGAUUAGUAAAGUCAACACUACAGGUGGUUCUUCUCCCAGUGCUGGCUGGUGCAUUUAUGAAUCAGUACUUUCAAAGGGUGGUGAAGUUUGUUUCUCCUCUUAUGGCACCGAUUGCGGUUGGAACGGUCGCGAUUCUCUGCGGGACUGCUAUUGGUCAGAACGCUUCUGCGAUACUCACGUCCGGGAAACAAGUGGUCAUGGCUUGUGUCCUUCUUCACCUCUCUGGUUUCCUCUUUGGCUAUCUGCUCUCGAGAUUGCUCAGAAUUGAUGUGGCUUCGUCGAGAACUGUCUCUAUCGAAGUUGGCAUGCAGAACUCGGUGCUUGGACUAGUUCUGGCGGCAGAGCAUUUUGGAAAUCCGCUGACUGCAGUACCGUGCGCUGUUUCUAGCGUCUGUCACUCCAUCAUCGGUAGCGUCUUGGCUGGUGUCUGGAGACGGAGUGCCCCUAAACAGCUUGAAGACUGAAAAAGAAAUGAAAAAGUUGGGAUUUUUUUUCACUCAGCCAGGACCGUUUAGUUAUGUCUUUUGAACCAAAAGGUUUGUCUUCUGGAGAGCUAAGAACUGUUUUGUCUUUCUUUGGUCAGUCAUGUUUUGUCUUUCUUUGGUAAUUAAAAAAAAAAACUGUUUAUGUC